CUCGUAAGCACUCUACACUCUCUAUCAUCAUCAUCAUGUCUCUCGCCGAUCUCUCACUCCACCAUAUCCUCACUCAGGUCGACCAACUACUACUCAACACACCCUCACUCACCAAUACCUCACUCACACCAUCACAACACAACCAUACCCUCAACACACCCACAACAACAACAUCAACUGACUACAACCAACUACAACCAACAACCUCAACACCAAAACCAACAAGAUCCCUGAAACCAAUCACCACUACCACCAUGCAAGCCAUCAACCAACUACCCUCACUCGACAACCAACCACUCUCACCCAAAACUAACACUCAACCAGCCAAUACCAGCACCAGUACGAGCUCAAAGGCAAUCCCAACCGAACAACAACAACAACAACAACAGCCUCCUACCAACCAGGAGAAAACUAUCAAGCCCACAACAGAGGAAAACUCGGAGGAGAUCAGGAUCCAUAAAUACAUGGCCAUCCAUCUCAUCGAUCAGAUCAAGAACACGCCCACCACCUUCUUCAACCCAUUCUCAGCCGAAUCACCCCAAUCACAAACCCAACCCACCUCAUCCGAACCCAUCCAGAACAAUGACAACCAUCAUCCAUCCAUCCUUGCAUCCCCACACCCUCAUCGUACAACCACAGAAAACAAGGAGAAACAACCCAAGUCGAACGUCGGACUGAGGAUCAACUCCAGUUUCCCACCGCAAGAGCUGGCCAUCUCUACCGGCCAAGCCAAUCCCGAGAUCCUCUAUACAGCCGAACCAGCCCCACACGUCCUACCGAUCACACUCUUCCCCUCGAGUAUGGUCUUUUCCCCAGGUAAUAGGGUCGCCGUCGACGGAUUCAUUAGUUAUGCUACCAAGGCUGGUCGGAUCAGAGUCAUCGAUCAGAACAGUGGGGCAAGAAUGUUAUUAAGGAAACACGAAGGCCCCGUUCUAGAUAUGUGCAUCGGAAGACCUAGGGCAGUGGUUGGUGAUCUCAAUAGCAAUACGACCAGCAGUCGUAGGUGGAGAUGUAUUGCUAGUGCCGGAUCAGAUGGAAGAUUAGUGAUCUGGAAAGUCCCAGUAAGAUUUGAUGAAGAUACAGCCAACUAUGAGAUCUUGGCCGACAUCCUCUCAGUCAACUCAGACCUCUUACUCGGUCCGGAGAAAGAACUCCUACAAGCUCCCAGUCAUCUUAGAUUCUCUACUAUCAGAUGGCACCCUCACGAUCCUAGUAUCUUCCUCCUUUCCACUAAUGAUCAUCGGUUGAUCCUCGUCAGACUCGAUCGUGGCGCUUUUGCUGCCUCUUGGAAACGUGGUACUCCUCUGGGUAAAUCCCUCUCAGAACUCGAAGCUUUCGAAGGUCAAGACGUCCUGCGCACUAAUUCUGAUGUGGUCGCAUUUGCCUUCAGUCCGGAUGGAUCUGCGUUUGCAUUCGUGACGGAAGAUAAGAUGCUGACAGUACGACAGACCUCCAAACCGCACUGGACGAUCAUGGGUGGCCAACUGCCAUCGAGCCAUGGAUCGAUCACACGUUUAGAGUUCCUGGCAACAUCGGCGGGAGUCAUCAAAGGAUUUCUGAUCACCAAGCGAUUUGGGACCAGGGUGGAGGCGGUCCAGUUGAGCGAAAUCUCGGAGGUGGUCAUUGGGAUCACUCUGCAUCCACCGGAGCCGGUCGACGACCUGCCCCUUCUGCCCUGCUUCGGCCACUCCGCCUGGCAGGCUCAGUACAGUACCGUCCUCCUUUCCAACUCUCUUCGGGGCUCGAUCUUCGCCUUCCACCUCAACUUUUGUGAGAAUUCGUCGGCCGACGACGAGCUCUUGCUUCUCAAGCCGGGCCACUCCGAAGGCCCUCGUCUCGGCGCAGGCACACAACCAUCGGACGACGAUGCCAGCUACAUCGAACGGGUUGCCGCGACUCGUCAAUCCUCUCAGAUGCAACGUAGUCGUUCGAACUCCUGGAUCGCCUCUAGGACGAUGUUCGUCGACCAGAUCUCCGAAGUCCCUUCUCCCGACCCUAUCAUCUCCUUCGUUCUCGAUCAAGGCAUGAGACCUCCCCCCGGCCCCUCCUCCUCUCCAGUCUCCGUCUUCAACCUCCAUCCAAAAGGUAUCCAUCAACUCUAUCUUCCCAAAGAUCUCAUCGACUUCCAAACUCAAUCCGAUCAACAACCUAAUCCCUCUCAACUGGCUGUUCCUCCAACUCGAAGUCGAUCUCUUGCUGGCGAAAUCCUCGUCGAUGUUCAUGUCGAACAUCAAGUCCAAAAGGCUGAGGUCCUUGACUUUUCCGACGACGAUCCGAAAUCGAAACCCCUCCCCCCAUCAGUCACUGCUAAUCCAGUCGACUCAUCUAACCUUGACUCGAAGAAACCUAUACCUCCUUCGACCUCAUCAAAACAAGACCUUAAACCUCGUCGAUCAACUCAUCAUCAAUCUACUUCUUCUGCCUCUCUUCAUCCUUCCCUCAGUGUCCCUCCUCCUUCUUCUUCAUCUAAUUCUGCCCCGGUCGAUCAAAAAGCUCCUCCUUCAUUUGAUGGCUCUCUUUUUUAUAAAGAAUUGGAAAAAAAUCGGACUUCGGUCAUCGAACAAGUCCAUCAUUUAUUAGGAAAGAGUUUAGAUAAACAAGAGCAGAAAUUAAGGAACCAAUUCUUGGCUCAACAAGAGAUAGAAACUCGUCGUCAUGAACAUCUUCUGAAUAUCCUUUCGACCAGUUUAAGUUCAAAGAAUUUAGGUCAGAUCGUUAAGGAGCAAGUCAAAGCCACCCUUGCGGUUAAUGAUAAUCAUCGGGAUCGGGAUCGUAAUCCGAAUCAGAAUCGGGAGCCAUCGGAUUCUGAUCUGAAGAUCAUUGAUGGAGUUCGACUUGCUGUUCAGGAAGGCUUGAAGAAGCAUCUAGGAAAAGAGAUCGAAGGAGUGAUGAAGAAGACGUCGAUUCAAGAGAUGAUCAGAGAGUCCGUCAAAGAAGGGAUGGAUAAGAUGAUUGAAGAAUCGAAGCUAGAGCGAAUGAUCAGCAAGACGAUUGCCGAGACUACCAGUGCUGAUCAAGGCUUGACUCAGCUCCUAGUCCAAGAGAUUCGUGACUUGAAUACUCAGGUGCGCGUGUUGAAGGACCAAGUGGUCGAGAAAGAUCAUCUCAAUCAGCUCCGGAUCGAGCUCAUUCAGUUGCAAGAACUCGUCAAGAACUUGCAGCAUCCUGGGCUCAGACUCUCUGAGACUUCUCAGCUUGCCAGUUCUGUUCAUCAGCCCCAUCCCCCGCCUCUUCCGCCUCUUCCUCUUCCUCCUCCUCAUCAUCACCAUUCUCAUCAAGCUUAUCAAUCUGAUAAUAAACUUCAACAACAACAACCAGAAGAAGAAGAAGACGUGAAACCUUCUCUUCUUCCUCAUCAUCUUCAAACCCCUCUUCCUCUUCCUCAUCCUCCACCUCCUUUCAAAGACCCAACCCCUUCAUUCUCAGAAAGGAAUGGAGAACGAGGUCGAAGGUUCUCUACUCAUACGGAUUACGAGCAGGUUUUCUUGGAAGCUUUGGGCGACCGAUCGUCGGAUUUACUCGACCAAUUAAUCGAUAAUCAUCAUCAAACUUCAGCAGGAGAGGGAGAGGAAGAUCGAUUGGCGAUUAUCUUUCCGUCCAACCAACAUCGCUCCUUGCUCUCUCAACCCGUUCUACUCACCCUGGCCCAUCAACUCUCGCAAGACCUAGCCGUGCCUAACUCGUUCGAUAAUCUCCUCCGUCUCAACUCUCAUCACGACCAUCAUCAUCAUCAUCAUCAGAACCCCCACCAUCAUCCUCAGCAUCAUUCGGAACUCGUCGUUGAUCGGUUUCAUCCGUCUUUGGGCCACGAGGGACUUAAUAAGUUGCGCUGGAUCUGGAGCUGUAUCAAUGCUAUUGAUGAACACGAUCAACAAACUGCACAGUACUUCGAUCGCGUCCUUGAUCUCUGUUAUCUCCAUCUGGCAUCCAGGAAAUCGAAGUUGGGCUUGAGUCCUCAGCUCCUCAAUCUUCAUCCUGCCAACCCUCUUCCUCAUUUGCACGGGAAUCAGGAAAUCGACGGGAUCAAUCAAGUGUUGUGGAUUAUUCAAGACAAAUUACAAAAAUUUAAGAAUCUUGUUGGAUAAUUGGCUUGUUAACAAAAUACCAUCAUCCUCAUCGUCUUCUUCUUCAUUAAUAGUGUUCCCCC